AUGGAUGAAAACCCUAUUGUUGACUCUUUAUUAGAAGGCUGGUACGAAAUGAACAUGUGGAGUCGGGUAAUUGACCCAGCUUUUGACAACCUCAAUAUUGAUUUGGUGCGUGGAGAGAGUAUGAGUUACGCAUCAAGUGAUAGAAAAAACCUUACCAGAGAAACAAAUGAUCGAAAGAAGCUUGGCCGAAAAGGCGAUGGAGUAUUCAGAUUACGCAAGGAUCGUUUAGAGUUUGGUGCAAUAGAAACGGGUCGAAAAUGGGAAGGGAAGAGUGGAACAAAAUAUAUGACAGAUUCGUUAAAAAUAUGUAAAAUGUUAAAAGAUAUGUUAAACCAGCUUGCCAUUGAAUGUGAUAUGAAAGAAGAUCUCGUGAGAAAAUUACAAGUAGUCGGAAUACUUAAUGGAGCAAACAGAAUUCAGGUCAUGACAGUUGACCUCCCUAAGGGAUAUAUUACUCACAUUCGAUAUAAUAAACAAGAUGAAGUUGAUCUCGAAAAUUUUCUCGAUGAUUCUGAUAAUCAAGAUGGAUAUCACACACCUCCUAGGACCGUUUCAUCAAAGACAUUUGUAACUCCACAGAAAGAGGCACUAAAAUUGUAA